CUUCACCCACUGUUGACCUAAUUUAUCUUGAACCACAUAAAUGGUGUAAUCUGGUGCAUUUGCGAGAGUAAAAAUUUACUGCUGGACUCAAUGAUGUAAGAAGAUGCCUAAUGUUUUCAAAUGUUUUUUAUUGAAAGAUCAUAAUUUUUAACAAUAAUAAUCAUCAUUACACAAUGAAAUAUAUAGAAACACAGAAUUAAAAAAAAUACAAAUAGCGGAGCUAGUCAGCUGAGCGAUUGCAAGCACUUUGAGCUCCGGCAAAGAAACGGGAAACCGACCGCCUAUACAACCUCCAGAGGCACAAACCAACUCACACACCGAGAGAAACCAUGGGGAAGCAGUCCCGUAAAACUCGGGGUCCAAGUGGGGGACAAAACCGUGAUAUCGGCCUCAUGCUCUCACAGCCGAGUAAGCCUAAGAUGGCGGACCUACUCCCCAACUCACCAGGCAGCUCUGACCCAGCCUCGGAAGACGAGGAGCAGGACCUGGCUGAUCAUCUGUCACAAACCCGCAGCGGCAAAGCCACUCCUAAGAAGCAGCCUGACCCACAGUGGGUCACAAAAAAUGAUAUCCACACAAUGGUAACGGACAUUAAAACAUUCUUUACCUCUGAAAUGGCAACAUUAAAAGCUGACCUCGGCAUGCUAGCAGGGAGAAUUAAAUCUACGGAGGACACCGUCCAAAACCUUGGACUUAAACAACAAUCCACUGAUACUCACCUACGGGAGGUGUCAAACACUUGUGCAGCGCUAAGUGCUAAAGUGGCACACAUGGAAGAUCUGGCUCGCCAGCACAACCUGAAAACUCGAAGUAUCCCUGAUGCUGGAGAACUACCCCACUUUAUCAGACGACUGUUUGCAGCAGCCUUGACACCCAAACAAGCUAAAGGGUUGCAGCAUGAUGGACUAUACAGACUACCUGGAGGCCCUAGAAACAAGAUUCUGACUCACAGGGAUGUGAUACUGGGAUUCAGGUCACGAUCAGACAAGGACACCUUCCUCUCACAGGUCAAGGUUUAGACACCAUUUAUAUUUGAGCAACAUGCCUUGAGCUUUUACCACGACCUCAGCAGAACAAUGUUGCAAUGGCACACUACAUUUAAGGAGGUGACCAGCCAGCUGAGAGCGGCAAACAUCCCUUACAAGUGGGGGCCCUCACGAUCCCUAAUGGUCGAGCAAAAUGACACAAGCCACAAGCUGACAUCUCCGUCCGAUGCAGACAGCUUUUUACUAGCACUGGGGAUAACCACCCAUGCAGGCAACCGGGACUGGCAGACCCACCCAUCAGUGGGAUUUAAACAAUGUCACCAUCUUCACACCAGCUGGUUCCUCUGCUCCGGGAUGAGGUGCCAACACACACAUAGUCUCCCCCUCCCCCCUGAGCUUUGGGGUCAUGGAGCUCACUUUAUUCCCAAUUGGGCCUGAACACGCACCGACACUAACUAAUAGACAGGCAGCCCAGACACACCUCUCUGAGUACUUCUCCAGGUAGUAUUGUCAUACAAGCAGGCAAUUGGCAGACACACAGCCUACACACGUACACGCUCCAGAUACGUGAUAUGCUCUAUAUGUUAAGAUCAGUGGUAUCGGAUGUCUGCCAUGCUCUACACUUGUCCAUAAGCUAAUGUAUACUGACCUCUCCUCACCGAAGUGAUCUUGAAUAUAAACUUUAAAAAUAAAAUUAUUUUACACGUGUUAAACUUGCUCACCUGCAAAAAUAAAGAAUUUAAAAAAAAAUACAAAUAAGUCAAACAAACAGGUGUAAAAAACAUCCAUCCAUUGUAAAAUUGACAACAUAUGCAUUAUGAAAAACACUUUUC